AUGAUGGGUCUGCUUCUGCACCUUCCCCGUCUUUCCAACACAGGGCAUUCAUCACAAAACUCAUCACAAACCUCGCUCACUUCGCCUCGAAGUUCACUGCUGGAAGAUGUGGGCAACCGCAAAAUCGAUGAUCAAAAGAUCUGCCAGUGGUAUUGUUGUCAAUGUGGCCAAAGUUAUGGAUCGAUAACUUACACUGGUGAAGAACGUCAUAAUAAUCUGGAAGAUCUAUCCACCAAACCAGACUCGCAGUCCACCAAUGAAAAUCGUGAGCAUCACGACGAAUCCAACCCACUUCAGGCUUUGCGCUACUACAGCCAGUUUGUGUAUGAUAAUCCGGUCACCGGUGCAUACUCAUAUGCCGCUUCGCACAUUCGCGGAUUUCUCGACGGAGAUUCUACAUCCGAAGAAGGCGAAGAAACUGAUGGAUCGCAGUCGUCACAUCCACCCCAAGUAUCGCGACAAAGCCUGACCAACGAUGUAACCAGCUCCAAUUACCUGAUUCAACUCGACUCGCAACAAGUGUAUAUUUCCGUCCCCAGUCGGUUCAAUUGUCAUCGAUGCAACCAUAUGAUGUGUCCCUACUGCUUGAAAAUACGAGUCAAAGAUCUCAAACACAAAUAA